AGACCCUGCUCUGAGACAAGGAUAUAAUCCCAAAGUUAUUCCCCAAAUAAGUCUGCAGCUGUGGGAUGGCGGUGAACGUUUACUCCACAUCUAUGACCAUCGAGAACCUGAGCAGACAUGACAUGCUGGCCUGGGUCAACGACUCUCUGCACUUCAGCUACACCAAGAUCGAGCAGCUGGGCUCAGGUGCGGCCUACUGCCAGUUCAUGGACAUGCUGUUCCCCGGCUGUAUCCUGCUGAAGAGGGUCAAGUUCCAGGCCAAACUGGAGCACGACUACAUCCAAAACUUCAAAGUGCUGCAGUCGGCCUUCAAGAGGAUAAACGUGGACAAGAUCAUUCCUGUGGAGAGGCUCGUCAAGGGCAGGUUUCAGGACAACUUCGAGUUCCUUCAGUGGUUUAAGAAGUUCUUCGACGCCAACUAUGACGGGAAAGAGUACGAUCCUCAGUUAGCACGACAGAGCCACGACGCCACGCCUCCAGCACACAACCCAGGUGAAGUCACCCCCCACCAGAGAGCAGCAGGACCCCAGCGGACGUCACCAACGGUCCCCAAAACUAUGCCCAUCCCCCCACGCCCCAUAAACUCCACCCCCUCCACCGGAACACGGAGGAACAUACCGAUGUCACGGAACGGAGGCGGCGACGCCGAGAUCAUGGAGCUCAACCAGCAGCAGACGGCGCUGAAGCUGAAAGUCAACGGUUUGGAGACAGAGAGAGAUUUUUACUUCGGUAAACUGCGAGACAUCGAGCUGAUCUGUCAGGAGAACGAGUGCGACAGCAACCCUGUCCUCGGCAAAAUCAUGGAGGUGCUCUACGCCACAGAGGAUGGUUUUGUGCCUCCGGAGGACGAGGAGAUUGAGGAACAGUCGCGGGACCAGGAUGAAUACUGAUCCCUCCUCAUCCUUUCUGCCUGCCCUUUCUCCAUCAUGUCAUCAUUCUUUAUUUCUCUCCCUCUUUCACUCCAUCCCCCACCAGCAGACACUAGGGGCGUGGUCUAAUUGGCUCAUAGAGUGAGUAUGGGCGUGUCUAUGCUAAUGAGUUCUGAAGUGAUGCGGUGAAGCUGAUAUUUUAUUGGCUGUGAGUUUAAUGAAGAGACCAGACGACUGGAUGAUGAUGAUGAUGAUGCAGUUACACUUUCUCACACACACACACACACACACACACACACACUGAUGUAGCGACACACACAAAGCCAAGGUUAACAGUUUUUUAUUUGGGCUCCAAUCAUCUUAUUUAUUAGAGAGCUUGGCACUUAUAUCAUUUUUCAUUUGAAUGUUUUGUUUUCUGUAGAGGUGUUUUGAGUAGCAGUGAAUGAUUUAGACACUUCAGAUCAAAUCCCAGACAAAACACAAAUCAACAUGAAGACUAUUUAGUUUCUUAUUCCUGCUCCUGAUCUUAAUACAUCCUUCAUCAGACCAGAAACGCCCGUGAGGAC